AUGAAGCCUUCGGAAUACCUCCCGGGGCCCUUGGCCCUGCUCUCCGCCCUUGCUUUGGCAUCCGCGGCCAUUGCACAGAAUAGUUCUCCUUCCAGCCAGCAGCAGUCGAGCGCCUCGCCGACGCCAGCCGCCAGCUCGACGACUCCAAAGGAUCAAUCCUCAAAUCCGCCGUCCUCGUCAGUCGUGGCCUCCAUCAGCAACACCGGCUCUGUCGUAUCCUCAGCUCCCUCGGCUCCCGCUGGAGCACCAACCAUCACCGGCGGCCCCCAAGCCACCUCGGGCCUCCAGUUGACCGGGUUUCCCACCCUCACCGGCCCUGGUGUGAUUCCGUCCUAUCCUCCUGCGAGCGUGCCGCCCACAAACAAUGCGCCGUUCAUGCAGCAGUCCAACCUGCCCGAUGGCACCGUCUUCAUCGCCGUCGGUUCCAUCCUCGGAGCCCUGGGUCUGGCCGUUCUGCUCUGGCGCAGCAUCGUCAGCCUGAUGCUUCACCGAUCCGUCGCACGCGCUGCCAUGGCCCAGCACAGCAGCGACAACAAGACCAGCUUCCCCGCUCCUCCCGCCCCCUUCUACAAGUACACUGAUCGUGCGUCACCAUCGCCGGCCGGUGCGGCAGCAGCAGGAGGAGGAGGAGGAGGAGUAGGAGGAGUAGGAGGAGCAGGAGGUGCUGCGUCGUCAGCUGCCCCUGCAGGCCGCGGAGUGCGCAGAACGCAACGCGGCCCGACCCCCUCGGCUGCACCAAGCCACUCCAACCUGUUCUUCUCCCCGACUGCUGGAGCGGGAGCUUCCUCCAACCGCGGAUCCUCGUACCUGCCCUCGGGCUUCUACGCUGCUGGCAACAGCUCACCAGGAGGAGGAGGGCACAACCUUGCCAACUCCAUCAGCCUGUCCAACCUUCGACCCGACUCUCGCGGCCACUACGCCAACGUCUCCCGCAACACAAUGGACAUUACGCCACCCGAAUCACCCCAAGGCGGCGCCCGCCGUGACCUGAGCUCCAGUUCCUUGAACGUCAACCUGAUUCCCGGCCAGCGUGCCCCGAGCGCGUACCUGGAUGACCUCUUGAUGGACGAUCCCUCCGCGUUCCCGCCACCGCAGAUGCCCCCCUCCUCUGGUUCUCGUAGAACCGGCAGCCCGGACAAUCGCUUCUGA